AGUCUUGAUGGCAAGCAACUUUACCCUCUGAGCCAUCUUGUUGGCCCUGUUUCUCCAACCUGGGAACAUGGAUGGUGUUGGAAGAAGACAGCUGCUGUGGCAGACAUUGUCUGGAAAAGCUUCUGAGCCGGGAUCUUUCUCCUUCACCCCAAAUCCACUGCAUCAAGCAGCCCUUCCCAUCUUUCCAGCCUAGCGCCCUCAGGGACUAACUAGCAGGCUUGAGUCAUGGGACUGUCAAGUACAGCCUCCUCCCGGUCCACGCCUGGACAGCUCCUGAUGCUGUCCACACACACACUUCUGAUAAUUAAGAUGGAAAAUGUACUCAUGGUUUCUCCGCCACUUCCCAGGAAAUUACCCCUGAGACUGAAAGGCCUGGUGGCUGGGGAUUUGAGUUUCUGGAACUUGGAGGGAGGGAGGGACAGCUGGAGAUUUAAGGCAAGACCAGCGGCUGUGAGGUGGAGCCCCAGCGUGUCUCAGGGAUGAAUGAGGUCGUGCAUUCUGCGGUGGUCUGAGCGUUGGUGUGGCUAUAAAGCACAGGGGUGUCUUCGGUACCCCUCCUGGCUGUCCCAAGCCUGCAAAUAAGGUGGGUCUUCUCUUUAACCAUCUGAUUUUGGGGUGGGUAGGGUCUUAGAGGGUGUAGGCCAAGGGGGGUGUUUGUGAUGUUACUGGCUUCCCCUCUGUGCCCAUUUAUGGUAGAUCUUGGGAUUCACAGCCAAUAGCUGUGUGCACAUCGUAGGGGGGGGCUCCCAUUUCCCUGUCUUCUCAGGACCCCGAUCUGUCCGUGUUCCAAGGUCUGAGCUGACCUUUCUGAGCUUGCUGGAAAACCUGCUAUCUUCAGAAUACUAGACCGGAGUCUGUUUCUAGUUUUCUUGCCCUGUCCCUGGGGAGGACUGGUGACCCGUUUGUGCUGUGCUGUUUUCAGGUCUCAGAACUGUUGGAAUUCCAGCAGGCUCGCGGUCUCUCGAACCCAGAGCCUCUGACUCCAGUCCUCCCUUUCAGCACCGCGAUGGCGGACAGCGCCCUGGACGGAGCUAGGGUCACCUGUCCUCCCGGUGCUGGUCCUGACUCCUUCCUUCAGCCCUGGGCCUGACUCCUGGCUGUCCCCAGCAACCAGCGGCUCUCUGCUCUUUGCUCCUCAGCACCAUCUCCACAUCCACUGCUCUUGGGUGCUGGGAGCUGCUGCCACCCUCUAUUGCCUCUGUCUCCUCCACCCCUGGCCCGGGUCUGCUGUCCAGGUUCCCGAGCGCAUGGAGACCCCGGGGGUCGGCCGCGCAGGAGUCCCCCGGUCCCCGAAGCACCUGUGGUGGCAGCCCCGGCGCCCCAUUCGCAUACAGCGGCGAUUCCACUCAGACCCGGAGAGCAGCACGCGGCCCACGCUCAGAAAGUCUCGGCGCUCGUGGCCCAGCUCUUUCCACCGACGCUUUGAACUGGAAAAUGGACUUCCGUGUGGCAGGAGCAUCCUGGACCCUCAGUCGGGGCCUGGCCUUGGCCGGGUCCUCCGGGCCCCUGCCCAGCACGGCCAGCGGCGGGAAUCCUUCCUAUACCGCUCUGACAGUGACUAUGAACUUUCACCUAAGUCCAUGUCCCGGAACUCCUCUGUGGCCAGCGACCUACAUGGAGAAGAUAUGAUUGUUACGCCCUUCGCCCAGGUCCUGGCCAGUCUUAGGACAGUCCGCAGCAACGUGGCAGGUCUGGCCCUUGAUCUAGGCCUUGGGGCAGCCAGGCAGGUGCUUCUGGGGACCCCUCCAUGCAGCAACCAGUGUGCUGCCCCCACAGAGGAUGCUGGGCCUCAGUUGGUGAGGGAGACGCUGGAGGAGCUGGACUGGUGCCUGGAGCAGCUGGACACGCUGCAGACACAGCACUCGGUGGCAGACAUGGCCUCCAACAAGUUCAAGCGCAUGCUCAACCGUGAGCUGACCCACCUGUCUGAAGCCAGCCGCUCGGGGAACCAGGUGUCUGAGUACAUUUCCCAGACCUUCCUGGACCAGCCUACUGAGGUCGAGCUGCAUGGACUGGUCCCUGAGGAUGCUCCAUGGCCCAUGUCACAGAUCAGUGGCCUGUGUGGGCUCCACCAUGAUGUCAACCUCCCCACAGCCACUGUCCCUCGCUUCGGAGUCCAGACGGACCAGGAGGGGCAGCUGGCUAAGGAGCUGGAGGAUACCAACAAGUGGGGCUUGGAUGUGUUUAGAGUGGCCGAGCUGAGUGGGAACCGGCCACUCACCGCCGUCAUAUUCAGCAUCUUCCAGGAACGGGACCUGCUGAAGACAUUCCAGAUCCCAGUGGACACACUGGUCACCUACCUGCUGACGCUGGAGGGUCACUACCACGCUGACGUGGCGUACCACAACAGCUUGCAUGCUGCGGAUGUGGUACAGUCCACACACGUGCUGCUGGCUAUGCCCGCCCUGGAGGCUGUAUUCACAGAUCUGGAAGUCUUAGCAGCUAUCUUUGCAAGCGCCAUCCACGAUGUGGACCACCCUGGGGUCUCGAAUCAGUUUCUCAUUAACACCAACGCAGAGCUGGCACUCAUGUACAAUGACAUCUCAGUGUUGGAAAACCACCACCUAGCGGUGGGCUUCAAACUACUACAAGGAGAAAACUGUGACAUCUUCCAGAAGCUCAGUGCCAAGCAGCGACUGAGUCUGCGCAGGAUGGUCAUCGACAUGGUGCUGGCCACAGAUAUGUCUAAACACAUGAAUCUCCUGGCUGACCUCAAGACCAUGGUGGAGACAAAGAAGGUGACGAGUCUGGGCGUCCUGCUGCUGGACAACUACUCUGACCGCAUCCAGCAGGGUGACCGUGAGCGUGAGUCGGGCCUGGACAUCAGCCCCAUGUGCGACAAGCACACGGCUUCAGUGGAGAAGUCCCAGGUGGGAUUCAUUGACUACAUCGCCCACCCCCUAUGGGAGACAUGGGCUGACCUGGUGCACCCGGACGCUCAGGGGCUGUUGGAUACCUUGGAAGACAACAGAGAAUGGUACCAGAGCAGGAUCUCCUGCAGCCCUGACUCCAUCAGCUCUGAGAGAGGAGCGCCAGACAGGUUCCAGUUUGAGCUGACCCUGGAGGAGGCAGAGGAAGAGGAA